GACCUGUAUGAGAUUCUGUCCAGCCUGCCAGAGAGUGUAGCGUAUUCCUGCCGGCCCUGCAGCCAGUCCCAGCCCAGCGCCUGGAGGGAGCUGCUCCACAUGGAGCUGAGGGCUGGGAUAGAGAAGGUGCUGGCAUGCCUACUCACCUCCACCCUCACCCAGCACCUCAUCGCCUGCUCACAGGUGAGAGAUACCAGGCCGUACAAUGCUUCUUGCCACAGGAUGCUAAAUGAGACAGGAUGCGCAGGCUGAACAUAGCAACAGGCGUUUUAACACCUGUCAUGACUUGUAGUCAACCUACAUUUUGAUGGGGCUUUUCUGAAUAAAUAAUUUCAAAGAACGAGUGCAACGACUCUCUCCUCUCUUUUUUAAAGUUGAUUAGCUGAUAUCAGAUGUACAUUUACAGACUGAUAUCUGCUAGGACUAUUUGCAUGGUCCUCUUGAACUGUUGCACAUAAGUUCUCGUGUGGCUAUAUUUUCAGUGUUUCUCUGUAACAUACUACAUUUGUCCCUAUUCCCCUCCCGUAGUGUGUGACCCAGGUUGACCCUGACAGUGGAGCGGAGGGCCAGCCAGCCUGUGACCUCCGUGCUGUGGGCAAGAAGUUUGACAAAGGCCUCUACACCACCCUGGUCAGUGUCUAUCUAUAUAGUAUCUGAAUUGGCAGGACAGGAUCUCUUCUACAUUCAAACUCUCAUUUGAAGGAAGAUUUUAAAGGAAGAAGAAUGAGUGUUACAAAUUGUCAGCUAAAUAACCAUGUUUGUAUGUUUCCAUGUCUAUUUAUGUUGUAGAAAUCGUUCCAUGAAGAUGUGGUGCAGGUGGUGCGGAGGCGUCUGGAUCAGGAGGAGUCUCUCCCGGAGGACGAAAGGCCCACAGCCUUGGCCCGCUCCUACUACUUGAAGGUAAUGCUGAGUACUCAGAGACGGCAACACUCUGGGAGGAAAACUCCUUACACAGGCAAUCGUCCAGUACAAAUCAGAAGUAUUUACUUGACGAUGUAGCUACAAGCACAGUGUACUUUCAGUAUGACGGAAAAACAGUUGGUUGAACUAUAAGUCUUCUGCAAUGUUAUCGGGUGUUUUUUUUUAAACACAGUUUUUUGUUUAAAGCACACAAACAUGUCAUAAUAAACGGAUAUACAAAUGUUCUCACUACACUUGGCUGCACUUUGUCAACACAGCUGUUUUACACUCAUCUUGCUUGAGACAUUCUCAACUUAUUUUGAAAUAUUGUGUAUAGACUGUACACACUACCGUAUUUUCCGCACUAUAAGGCGCACUUAAAAGCCUUUAAUUUUCUAAAAAAAACACAGUGCGCCUUAUAAUCCGGAGCGCCUUAUAUAUGGAUCAAUUGGUUAAUUGGUUGAUCCAUACUGGUUGUACACGGCGCUCUGUCAAAAUGUUUCAGUAUGAAAAACCAACAAAAACAAUUUAAUAAUAAUGAAAUGUUUCAGUACAACUGGUAAACUACAAAGCCGCACCGCUUGUAGCAUUACGGCUACCGUAGUCAGUAAACACCGGUACUGUGCUUACUCACAGUCCCACACCACUUGUGUGUGUAUAAAGACCCCAAAAUGGCACCUUUCAAGAGACACACUUACGACGAAGAGUUCAAGCUCAAGGCUGUCGGUCACGCAGUAGAAUAUGGGAAUAGAGCAGCAGCGAGAGAAUUCAACAUUAAUGAAUCAAUGGUACGGAAGUGGAGGAAGCAAGAAGAUGACCUGCGCCAAGUAAAGAAGACUAAACAGAGUUUCCGUUCAAUUCGGACACUGAAGAAGAAGAAUUUGAGGGAUUCGUGGACGGGGAAAGCUUUACGUGUUAUACGUAACUGAACAAUAUUGAGUUAUGCACUAACGUUUGAUUUAGUGGUAUCAGACUGUUUCUUUUACUACGUGUUUACUGAAUCAGGGAAAAGUUCCCCUCCACGUUUGGGAGAAGAGUGAGCAAGGCUGGGAGAUAUUGUUAAUAUGCACAUUAACGUUUGAACAACGUUACCAUGGGAGUGAACGAAGUUGUCAGAACGCUUAAUAAAGUUUGACUUUCUGACUGUUUUGUUGACAUUCCCUUUAGCACAGCUCCAUCUAGUGGAUGCAUAACGCAACCCCAGUCAAACGUUUGACUUCAGUAUCUUCUAUUCUAUGCGCUUUAUAAUCCGGUGCGCCCUAUAUAUGAAAACAGUUCUAAAAUAGGCCAUUCAUUGAAGGUGCACCUUAUAAUCCGGUGCGCCUUAUAGUGCGGAAAAUACGGUAGUUUUAAUGUUUCAUAAAGUUACAAAUCAGAAGUUAGACUGAACACCGACACUUGAAUACCCUCAUCCUAACACAAUGCAUGGUCUGUACUCAGUCAGUCAGUGAUGUCAGUCCUCAGUGCAUGUCUUGUGGUGUCUAAGUUGUUCCAUAUGGCUGUCUAGUCAGCAGAACAGUAUGUAAUUGGGAAUGAGUUAUGGGGCUCUGUGGUUCUGGUGGUCAUGACUCCCCUGGUGGUCAUAGGUUCACUUGGUUCAAACUACAGUUAUAGAAGAUGGCUGAAUCCAAGGACAUUUGGAAUGUUAAUUUGAAAGAAAAAAGCUCUACAUGUUUUAAAAUGGCCAACAGGGGAGUCUAGAUUCACCGUCUCCUCACUGUUCUCUCUGCAGCUUCUGGAGGAGGUCUUCAACUGGUUCAACAGUCAGGACCCCAAAGUGUGGGACCCCCGAUCCAAAGACCUGCCUGUGUGAGUAGCAAUCUGCUCCUCAUAUCUCCUUGUCCAGGGUAUCUCAACUGGCGGCCCCCCAAAGUAUUCCCACGCAAAAUAGAGAAAUAUUUGGUUUUAUACAAAAAAAAUCAAGUUUUGAAAUGAUUGUUUUAGUCAAAUAUUAUAUCUGUUUGGGCUUCUUGCGGUCAUUUUGCAGUCUACAAAUGAUUUGCAAUUAUAUUCCGGCCCCCUGAACUCAGCAUACGAUUUACCAAGGGUCUUAGAAGGUUGUCUAAGUCGGUCUUGGAAUUUGGGCAUUUAACGUGAUGUCAUCAGAAGUUGGCUCAUAUGGGAAGAUUUUAAUCCAUCUUGAAAUUCCAGUUUAACUUUGGGUUGUUGCGUAUUGCUUCACUACUUCCCUGCAGUGAUUCAUGUGGAGUAUUUCCCCAUGAAGCAAGAUAAGCCUAAAUUCAGUGGAGCAACUGAUUUAUGUUUUCUGGUUUGCCGCGCAUUUUUAUGACACACCUGUUGUUCACAUCCUGAUGGGAAAUCAUAAUUUGAUUGACUUUACUGUCAACAAGGACCUUAAAGUGUGGGAACAGUCAUUAAAAUCCAGUUUGACAGGAAGUUACAGAAGUUAGUCUUGUAAUUAUUUUAUUAUUCUUUAUGUUAAAACCAGGACAGUCCCCCUCCUCUCCCACACAUUCCCAGUUCACAUCCUUCCUUCUCUGCGACGGAGGACACAGAGUAGUGACUUCAUUUAGCUCAUUGUAGAGUGGUGCACAGAGUGGUAAAGGUAGAGUGGUAAGCUCAGGACCUGACCUGUCUGUCACCAUCUUCUUGGGGAAAAGAUUGAUUCAUAAACAUGAAUUGUUUGUUAAUGUAAAUGAGUGUAAUCCAUAAUCAGCUAGAUGUGAGCCACUGUCUGUUGUAUACUCUUCUAGUCAAAUCCUAACUUGAGUGUAACUGUGUGCGCAUGUAACUCAGAUGUUUGCCUAAAUCAUCCAAAUUUGAGUUACGCGCUCGUAACUCAAGUUGGAAUCUGGCACAGCAUGACUCUAACACAUGACUUGACUUCCUCUUCUUUCAUCUCCUCACCCCUCCAUUCCUCCAUCCAUUCCCUUUCCCAUUGCAGUGGGAUGCUGUCCCAUGCGGUUCAGCCCCCCACCACUGAGCAUGUGUACGCCCAGUGGCAUGAGAGGGAGGAGCUACGGUCCAGGGCCCCUCUGGGGACCCUGCAGACGGAGAACGUACCACGCCUGGAGGUGAAACAAGAAGAGGUGCCUCACCCCACCACCCCACUGACCACAGAGCCAACCAGGGGCCUCCACUUCAGGAAAAACAGGGCUUUCAGGCUUAAUAAACUCAAAGGUACUUCCCACAACUGAGGGGAGGAAAAACAAUGAGAAAGCAAAUAUUGAAUCGACCAAUUUCAUAAGGGGAUUGUUCUGGUUUUGGUGUGAUGUCUUGCGUUUGUCCCUCAGGGAAAAGGGGAAGGGCCGGACGACAGUCCAAGUCUGAGGGACGGCCAUCCAAGUCUGAGGGACGGCUGUCCAAGGCUGACCUAGACACAGGGUGGUCCAAGGACGACGGGAGGCAAUGCUCACUGUGCCAAAAGUAUGGAGAUGCUAAGUCCAAUGUGAGUAAGAAACUAGGUUUCAGAACACUUCUGAGAAGACCUUCUCAAAAGUGACUUAAGGAAUCACAGCAUGGUGGAAAGAAACACAAACCGCGCUCUGACUUCAGAGCACUAAGCCUUCAUACCCUUGUUCAACAUAACAGCCCUUGACUCACAGGAAAUUAAGUCAACAAAUCCACACAGUAGGUAACCCACCAGGCCUGUAUUUCUAACCUCCUCCGUGUGUCCCUCAGGAGGCGGGCAGGCUGCUGUACCUGGGCCAGAACGAAUGGGCUCACAUCAACUGCUCCAUGUGGUCCGCAGAGGUGUUCGAGGAGGACAAUGGCUCUCUGAUGCAUGUGCACAGUGCCGUCGCUAGGGGGCGCUUCAUGGUGAGGCUUCACUUUAUUUGUGCAGUGACAUUCUUGUUUUUUCCAGCAGCUGUAGUUUGUGUAUCAUUGUCCAAUGUCCAUCAUCUCUCUCAAACUCAUUAUCCAGACCUAUUCUCUUCUCCUGGACUGAUCUAACCUGUCUGUGUCUCUUGUUCCCUCAGCGCUGUGAGCGCUGUAACCAUACAGGUGCCACAGUGGGCUGCUGUCUGACCUCCUGCCAGAGCAACUACCACUUCAUGUGUGCCCGCUCCCGCAACUGUGUAUUCCAGGACGACAAGAAGGUCUACUGCUACAAACACAGAGACCUCAUCAGUGGCAAGGUAAAGUCCUGGGACUACUCAGGUAGUGGGACUGUUAUGUUUUAAAAAAUCUUGAAUGAGUUUCCUCACGCGUGUGCAUUGUUCUUGUUCCAUUGCAGAUGAUCACUGGCCAAGGGUUUGAGGUGAAUCGGAGGAUGUACGUGGACUUUGAUGGGAUCAGUCUUCGCAGGAAGUUCUUGACCGGACUAGAGCCAGAAAACAUCAAUUUGAUGAUUGGUAUGUUUUCUCGACACAUUACAUUGUAAUUUGUAGCUCACUUGAGUACAGGUAUCACAGUACAGUGGACACAGGACUGGUCAUGGGUUAUGCAUAUCUAAUCAUUGCUCUUUUCUGAAUUCAGGCUCUUUGCAGAUUGAAAAGCUAGGUAUGCUGACUGAGCUGUCUGCAAAGCAAGGAAAACUUUUCCCAGUGGGUUACCAGUAAGUAGCAGCAAUUAAUAAUGAAACAAAUUGGCAUGUUUAGACUUGGUUUUGUAUGACUUCCUUUAUUUGAACUCCUCCUCUCUCCCCAGGUGUUCUCGCUGGUACUGGAGCACGGUGAACCCACUGCGGCGAUGCAAAUACACGUGUACAAUACGUGAGGUCCGACCGCCGGUCCCUGAGAAACCUGCUGAAGAAAUGCCUGACAAUGGAGAGAAUAGCACUAUAGCACACAGCCCCUGCCCCCAGUCAGGUGAGAGUCCUGGUAACACAACACUGCAUCAAACCCUCGCUACUACACUGAACAAAAAUAUAAGCGCAACAUGUAAAGUGUUGGUGCCAUGUUUCAUGAGCUGAAAUAAAAGAUCAUACACAUUUUCCGUAUGCUCAAAAGCUUAUUUCGCUCAAAUUCUGUGCACAAAUUAGUUUACGUCCCUAUUAGUCAGCAUUUUUCCUUUCCCAAGGUAAUCCAUUCACCUGACAGGUGUGGCAUAUCAAGAAGCUGCAUAAACAGCAGAAUCAUUACACAGGUGCACCUUGUGUUGGGGACAAUAAAAGGCCACUCUAAAAUGUGCAGUGUUAUCACACAACACAAUACCACAGAUGUCUCAAGUUUUGAGGGAGUGCGCAAUUGGCAUGCUGACUGCAGGAAUGUCCACCAGAUAUGUUGCCAGAGAAUUGAGUGUUCAUUUCUCUACCAUAAGCUGCCUCUAAAGUCGUUUUAUUUUGGCACUAUGUCCAACCGACCUCGCAACUGCAGACCACGUGUAUGGCGUUGUGUGGGCGAGCGGUUUGCUGAUGUCAACGUUGUGAACAGAGUGCCCCAUGGUGGCGUGAGGUUAUGUUAUGGGCAGGCAUAAGCUAUGGACAUCGAACACAAUUGCUAUUUGAAAGCACAGAGAUACCGUGACGCGAUCCUGAGGCCCAUUGUCGUGCCAUUCAUCUGCCGCCAUCCCCUCAUGUUUCAGCAUGAUAAUGCACAGCCCUAUGUCGCAAGGAUCUGUACACAAUUCCUGGAAGCUGAAAAUGUCCCAGUUCUUCCAUGGCCUGCAUACUCACCAGACAUGUCACCCAUUGAGCAUGUUUGGGAUGCUCUGGAUUGACAUGUACUACAGCGUGUUUCAGUUCCCGCCAAUAUCCAGCAACUUCGCACAGCCAUUGAAGAGGAGUGGGACAACAUUCCACAAGCCACAAUCAACAGCUUGAUCAACUCUAUGCGAAGGAGAUGUGUUGUGCUGCAUGAGGCAAAAAUAGUGGUCACACCAGAUACUGACUGGUUUUCUGAUCCACGUCUGUGACCAAAAUAUGCAUAUCAGUAUUCCCAGUCAUGUGAAAUCCAUAGAUUAGGGCCUAAUGAAUUUAUUUAAAUUGUCACUCAAUAAAAUCUUUGAAAUUGUUGAAUGUUGCGUUUAUAUUUUUGUUCAGUAUAAAAAGUGAAUGUGUGACUGACUGUUGGCUUUCUUACACUGCAAAGUGGAGAUUGGCAAGUCUUAGCCGUGGCAUAGGAAACAGUUGUUAUUGUUUCUUCACCUCUAGAAUCUGAUGCCCAAGAGGUUGACGUGGCACAUUCCCGACCCACUACUCCCAGCUUCUUGGCUCCACUCCCUAAAUCUGACCAAGGGGCAAGGCCCAAAAUCAGGAGACCAGCUGGAGGACUGUUCCGGCCUCUGCCCUCCCCAGGUAACUGUUCCGUGGUUGGCUGAUGUUGUUUUCUAGAACGUCUUUGGGUUUUAAAAAAUAAACAUUGUUAGGACUCUAAAUUGUCAGGUUUUGAGUGAUUUAUAGAUAUUACCCAUAAAGCAUUGAUUGUUUGUAUGUCCGUUCAGUUGUCUCACUGCUCUCUGUUUCUCCUCCGCAGGAGCUACCAAGUCCAAACCCCACCACAUCCUGACCAUCAGUGACCUGGAGGAGACGCGCAGGCCCCGUCGCCACAGCCCCCACUCCCAAACCCGCAGGGACAUGUCCUCCCCAACCCUGGGCUCUCCCACUGGACCUGGACUAAUCACCCUCCGCACUGGGGGCUCCAUGCACCCCAAGGCCUCCGUGCCCACCUAUCCGCUGUUUCCCCUCGGUGCUACUGAUAUUCUGCUGACCUCUCUCUCUGCCCGCCCUGUCGGAGGUCGAAGUGCUUCCUCUGCCCGAUGCCCUGGGAACAUGACUCACUCUACCUCAGGACUCUUUCCCCAGCCCCCGUGGGAAGACAGUGUGGGCAGCUUCCCUUCCCCUGGCCUGUCCCUCUCCCCAACCAUCCAGCACUCCCCUAGACCCAGGCUGUCUUUUGACCUGAACCAGUCCGACUCAGUGGAGGUGCCACACAACUUCCUGGCCUCACCAGAACCGGAGGAUAACCCUGCACCUAACAGCACCUCACCACUUAGGGGCUCUUUCACACCAUUUCACGAGAACUCUGACGUGGCCAUGGGCUCCGAGUUGAAGACGGAGCUUGAGAUUGAGGAGACGCUAGUGAACGAGGGAGUGGCCAUGAACUGUGGCGCCCAGAUAGACGUGGAGGGUGACGACAACCAAGAGGAGUUCUGGGAGCCAGAGGUUCGCAAGAGGAAGACGCGUACAGCCCUGACACGCUCAGCUGAGUCCGCCAGGCAAGACUGGGGGAACACUUCCUCCGAUGAGGACAUGGAGCACUAUUUUGACUUCUCGCGCACUGUGGUCAGUCGCACAGGCGCCAGGGACCCACCCCAGGCUCCUGCCUCUCCUUCCUCAAGAUCUAUCCCUCAGCUGGACGGCGUGGACGAUGGGACGGAGAGUGAUGCCAGCGUGACAACCACGGGCGGUGCUCAGAAACUGAAGAGUGGCAGUCAAGCCCAGAAACCAGCUCAAACGCAAGAGGUUCCGCCUGAAGUAGAAACGACAACAAAUGGUCUACGUGCAGACUCUGGAAUCCCUGUUCCAGAUCAGUCACCCCUUAGCAACCCUCCCGAGUCUACAACCAGUGUUGUCCUCCCCGCUACCAAACCUCCCCCAGCGUAUAUACCCCAGGAUCCAUCCAAAGCCUUUAAUGCCACACAACUAGAUGGGACUGAAUUGGACAGUGUGACACUUGCGCCAACUGAGAUCUCACCAGAAGCUCCAAGACCAGCUGCAGUGGACCCAUCCACAACAUACAGCCCUGCUGAUAUGAGUACUACUCCCCUGCAGUUAUACACCUUCCCAACUCCUCUAGAACAACAGAACUCAAUCCCCUCCUUAGAAGCCCAGGAAACAGUGUCGAUUGCACCUCUUCAAGGAACUCUGCCAGACUUUGUCCAUACUAAGGUGCCUGAUACGGUCUACCCAGAGGAUUUAUUCCAAGGUUCCGGUCUAGACUUUGCCCCUGGGGCUCCACUUGUUCUUGAAAGGUGUGAUCCUCCCUCCCCCAGCACCUGUUUCACUGAGCUGGUCCCUGUACAGGUUGAUGCUCCCAUGGAAACCCAUCACCCUCAAGACCCAAAAGACCUCUUCUUGGAUUCUAACAGCGGCCACUUUGUAUCACCCACAGAUGGAUCUGCCAUUUACAUGAACCACUUGACAGAGAGUUCAGGAGAUCCCUCAUUGAGCAGUAGUCAGGGCACCCUGUUGGAGCUUCUUCAGCCCUCUUCUCUUAUCUCCUCGGACUUCCCUAACCCCAGCGUAGCCCCGACGGACCCUUUGCAAAUGAGUCCCUCUGUGCAGUCCUCUUUGCCUGGCUUUAACCCUUCAAGGCCACCUCUCAUUAGCAUCUCGCUACAACCCCUGACAUCCUCCCAAGGGUCAACAGUCUUACCGCCCGUGGAGACCUUUUGUACCAAAUUAUCAGCACCUAUUCCAGGCAGUGCCCUUCCACAUUUGUCCUCAAAUUUGUCCUCUCAAAUUGAUCCCAUUUUGUCUGCAACAUCAAGUGUCAGUCUCCCAUCUUAUGGAUCAGUCUCUCUGCCUAUAUUCUCCACACAAUCCCAGGCCAUGGUCUCCACAGCAAUUACCAUUGUAUCAUCCUCUCCCUCCAUAUGCUCUCUCUCCGAUGCUCUAUCCACCCAGUGUCACCCCAUGCUCUCUUCGCUUCAGCCCUCCGCUGCCCCUGUGAUGAUUAACGGAUACAGCUCCACAUCUCUGCAGAAGGAAGCUACCACGGGACACACCAUCUCCAUCAACUUCUCCACCCCCAGGCCUCCACUGGAGCCCCAACAGCCGCUGUUACCUCAGGGACUACCUGGCCACGCUAUCCUUACUGUGAAGGAAGUGGGUGGUCCCAACGUGGACCCUACACCUCACGUUCUGCUGGUGAACCGCCUGGGCCAGAUCUUUGUGAAGAACCCAGAGAGCAACACCUUCCAGCUGCCCAGUCAGGGCUCUCCCUCCUAUAACUGUGUCACUCAGAUAGCCAGCCUUCUUCAGAGCAAUGCCCUGUCUGCCACCUUGGCAGCAGCUGGUACAAUGUCCACCCCGGCUCCAGGGACUGCCAUGCCAACCCAUGUCCCUAGGAUGGCCACGCCUGUGGUUCAGAACCCAGUUACCAUCACUCAACUGCUCACUCAUAACAGCAAUGGGACAGUGGCAGCAACUGUGGCCAAGAAACCAAGGAAGAACGCAAGCGCAGAUGGAGCUAUACCAGGGAUGAAGAAACCCAGGAAGAAGAAGGAACCUUCCUCAACUUCUAGGAGAAAUAAGUCUGACAAGGCUGCAGACCUGUUUGAGUUUGCUGGUCAUGAAGGAAGUUCCUCCAUGACCAACACUGAGAGCGCCCAAGCCAUCAUCAACCAAGCCAUGGCCAGUAACUACACCCCCAACCGGACCGGUCCCCGCAUACUGAGUCCCUCCACAUUCCGUAACAACCCUUCCCUGAAAUCUGUGGUCCUGCCCCCAGGACUACUCAUCGAACCCGAGCCUGCAGCCACCACACCGCCUGUUUUAACACCCCGCCCUCCUCGCACCCAUGUCCGUAUGAAGAGGGUCUCCUCCCUUUCAGAUCGCAUUGGUGCCACAAAGAAGUCCAAGACAGACUUCCUAGAGCCAGAGCCUCCUAGUUCUAAGGAAGACCUGCUGGUACCCAAAGACAGCUUUGCUGCUGUCUCCAACAGGGCCGGGGGUGUUCGCAUUAAAACCCCAACGGUGAAAGGUGUGUUUGACCUGGACAAGCUAAAGGAGGAGUACUUGAGUGACUGUGAAAGCACAAGGUUAGUCUUUUGGAACUUAUCAGGGCAGUGAUCUAAUGAAAUUAGUAAUGAGACAAAAUGUACAAAUAAUAUCUUCAAUGAAUAAUACAAGAAUAGUCAUGCCUUUAUGUUUAAUGGCCAGUGAGUCUCUUGUAGUGUUCCUUUUGUUUAUAAAAAAUGUUUAACUUGCUACAUCUGCAACUAUGCUAAAGGCCAGAAUCGUAUAGAAAUAUAUUUUUUUCCACUAUUGGCACGUCACUCAUGUUUCCAGUGUGGGCCUCAUCUCCUUAGUAUCAAUAAGAUCACAUCUGGCUAUUUUUAACCUUAUGCUUAACUCUACCACUUCCUACUAGUAUAACACAUAACCUAUAGUAUGAUAUGACACAUGGAACAAGACGUUUUACUCCUGAAAUAGAACUGUCAAUAGGCUAUGUAGAGGUCAGUAACUACAGUGGGGGAAAAAGUAUUUAGUCAGCCACCAAUUGUGCAAGUUCUCCCACUUAAAAAGAUGAGAGAGGCCUGUAAUUUUCAUCAUAGGUACACGUCAACUAUGACAGACAAAAUGAGAAAAGAAAAUCCAGAAAAUCACAUUGUAGGAUUUUUAAUGAAUUUAUUUGCAAAUUAUGGUGGAAAAUAAGUAUUUGGUCACCUACAAACAAGCAAGAUUUCUGGCUCUCACAGACCUGUAACUUCUUCUUUAAGAGGCUCCUUUGUCCUCCACUCGUUACCUGUAUUAAUGGCACCUGUUUGAACGUGUUAUCAGUAUAAAAGAGACCUGUCCACAACCUCAAACAGUCACACUCCAAACGCCACUAUGGCCAAGACCAAAGAGCUGUCAAAGGACACCAGAAACAAAAUUGUAGACCUGCACCAGGCUGGGAAGACUGAAUCUGCAAUAGGUAAGCAGCUUGGUUUGAAGAAAUCAACUGUGGGAGCAAUUAUUAGGAAAUGGAAGACAUACAAGACCACUGAUAAUCUCCCUCGAUCUGGGGCUCCACGCAAGAUCUCACCCUGUGGGGUCAAAAUGAUCACAAGAACGGUGAGCAAAAAUCCCAGAACCACACGGGGGGACCUAGUGAAUGACCUGCAGAGAGCUGGGACCAAAGUAACAAAGCCUACCAUCAGUAACACACUACGCCGCCAGGGACUCAAAUCUUGCAGUGCCAGACGUGUCCCCCUGCUUAAGCCAGUACAUGUCCAGGCCCGUCUGAAGUUUGCUAGAGUGCAUUUGGAUGAUCCAGAAGAGGAUUGGGAGAAUGUCAUGUGGUCAGAUGAAACCAAAAUAUAACUUUUUGGUAAAAACUCAACUCGUCGUGUUUGGAGGACAAAGAAUGCUGAGUUGCAUCCAAAGAACACCAUACCUACUGUGAAGCAUGGGGGUGGAAACAUCAUGCUUUGGGGCUGUUUUUCUGCAAAGGGACCAGGACGACUGAUCCGUGUAAAGGAAAGAAUGAAUGGGGCCAUGUAUCGUGAGAUUUUGAGUGAAAACCUCCUUCCAUCAGCAAGGGCAUUGAAGAUGAAACGUGGCUGGGUCUUUCAGCAUGACAAUGAUCCCAAACACACUGCCCUGGCAACGAAGGAGUGGCUUUGUAAGAAGCAUUUCAAGGUCCUGGAGUGGCCUAGCCAGUCUCCAGAUCUCAACCCCAUAGAAAAUCUUUGGAGGGAGUUGAAAGUCCGUGUUGCCCAGCGACAGCCCCAAAACAUCACUGCUCUAGAGGAGAUCUGCAUGGAGGAAUGGGCCAAAAUACCAGCAACAGUGUGUGAAAACCUUGUGAAGACUUACAGAAAACGUUUGACCUGUGUCAUUGCCAACAAAGGGUAUAUAACAAAGUAUUGAGAAACUUUUGUUAUUGACCAAAUACUUAUUUUCCACCAUAAUAUGCAAAUAAAUUCAUUAAAAAUCCUACAAUGUGAUUUUCUGGAUUUUCUUUUCUCAUUUUGUCUGUCAUAGUUGACGUGUACCUAUGAUGAAAAUUACAGGCCUCUCUCCUCUUUUUAAGUGGGAGAACUUGCACAAUUGGUGGCUGACUAAAUACUUUUUUCCCCCACUGUAUAAAGAGCAGGUCAUGCAUAGUAACCUUUUUUGAAGUUAUAACUGAGAUUGGUAAAUGAGUGGUGACGGUGAUGACAAUCUACAAUACAGCUCCUAGUUUGCAGGAUGCUCUCCAAUUGUCAUCACUGCAUUUCUGUCCUAACAGAAGUGUGUAUCUGAUACAGUGAGUGAUAUACAGCCUGUAUCCAGUCGAUUUCAGUGUUUUCUCUUGUUGUAUUCCUCACAGGCCAGGGCCUUGGGACCGCCUGGCUGUACCUCGAUUAGGGGGGGACACGGGUAAACAACAGAACUGGGACACAGUGGGCCGCAGUGCCCUGACUGACUGGAACAAAUACUCAGGUACUUAUGUGUAAUGAUGCCGUAUGAACAGUAUGUCUGUAUGACGAUGACUUGGAUUAUAAUGACUGAUAUUUCUUAUACCUGUACUCUGUAAACAAGUCUGCCUGUUUGAAAAUAUCCUGUGGUAUUACCAUCCUGUCAGGUGCUGUAUCGUGCUCAGAUGAUGAGCUGCUGCCCUCAGACGAGGACGAUGAGUGCCCCCCCAGCCGAGACCAGCCCCACCUCCGCUUCGAGAUCAAAAGCGACGACGGCUUCAGUGUGGAGGCAGACAGCAUAGAGGGUGAGGUUUCAGGGAGGGAAGAGCAAAUAAAUAGACUUCAUGUGUCUGUUAUCUGUAGAGUGUUCAUUUAUAAAGAAUUACGUUACCCAAUACUCAAGGCAAUGAUUUCUGCACAAAUACCCACUAUUUCUACAUAUGACUCAACAUAUGAUUUUGAAAUAUACUUGUUCUCGUACUUGGCUAGAAUUAACUUAUCUUGUGUAAUAAACCAUCUAGCAGAAAAUGUAGGCUAGUUUCCAUAUUUAUUACAUUUAUGUGUUAUCCUGUGUUACUCACGCCUUACUCUUCUCUCUCUUCAUUCCUCUUCCCCCUCUUUUCCCUUGUCAGUGGCCUGGAGGGCAGUGAUAGACUGUGUCCAGGAGGCGCGGGCGGGGGCCAGGCUGAGGCAGCUGUCCUUCUCUGGGAUGACAGGUGCCCGUAUGCUGGGCCUGCUCCACGACACGGUAGUCUUCCUGGUGGAGCAGCUCCAGGGGGCCCGCCGCUGCCAUAGCCACGCCUUCCGCUUCUUUAAACAGAUCAGCCAAGAGGAGGACCUUCCUGUCAACCCCUCCGGCUGCGCCCGCUCCGAGGUCUACCUCAGGUCAGUGUCCCAGUGUUCUGUCCACUACAGGGGCCCUGGAAGUUAAAUAUAGAAAUAGAAGGAAAGACAUUAUUUUGUUAUGUAAUCUGGAAAUUGUGUCCGAGUUGUCUUACAGAUUCAUCUUACAUAUCUUGUAAACAUUUCACCAAUUCUUCCUAGGUAUCAUGAGUCGUAGAUUGGAAGAAGUUUAAUAAAAAUGUAUUCAUUUGGAAAUGAGAAUUGGUGAAUAUCUACAAGUGUAAUGGUGGGAACAGGUAUUACUUUGUCCUUACCUUGCAGUUGGUCAACCCAUACCACUAAAGUCUAGCAAAUCUCUAGAGAAUCUGGGUUUUCCCCUCUGUAGGUGGUUUUCAACCUCAAAGUGGAAGCUAGACUCCCUGUGUGGAGUUUUGGUGAAAUGUCUGUUUUGAAUGUAGACAGCUGUUAGGUUUAGAGUAACAAAGGAUGUGUCUGUGGCUGUUGUGUUUCUAUGUGAGUGUCAUCUCCACCUCCACAGUCUGAGUAGGCUAGAAAUAAGACCUGUAUGACGUCUAUGCCGCUCCAUUCAUUAACAUAUGAAGAAUGUGUGGGUGAUGUGCACAUCCCAAAUUCUACACCAGUGCUGGGCAAAAAAAACAAUGGUAAAGAAAGUUAAGCCUGCAUACUGUAAAAUGUAAUGUAACACCUUGUUCCUGUCUUCUUUUACAGGAAGUCCACCUUCGACAUGUUCAACUUCCUGGCAUCCCAGCACCGCCAGCUCCCUGACAUCAACCCCUACGAUGAGGAGGAGGAUGAAGUCCCACUCAAAUCCACAAGGUCAGAUUACAGAGUUAUUGUAUGCUGGUAAUCACAAAGGAAGCUAGCUAAAUGCUAACAUCUUAACAAAGGAAACUGGCUUAAAUAUUGCAGGAGCUAGUCCAUGAAAGAUCUUGUCUAGCGGAACAUUCUUAGAACUUGUCGUACAUUCCUUUAAAAACCAACGUUCACAUCAACAAAUGAUCUAUUUAUAAGUUGGUAGACAUAACAUAGUAAUGUAUUCAUUCAGACUGAUGAGUAACAAAGGACCAGCUGUACAACUACAGGUUUCCACAAUCGUUUUAUAGCUGUGACUAAACCAUUCUGUCAUUUCUGUAACUACCUACCCCUAACAAGCAACAUUAAAAAUUUGUUCUACCCUCUUGUGGCUUUGAGUCUUUAGAGACUCUUGUCUCAGAGUUCAACGUGAAAGGUCAGAAGCACAUCGUCAUCUUCUCUGCUUAUCCCUUUUCUCCUAGACGUGCCACUAGCUUGGAGCUCCCCAUGGCCAUGCGCUUCAGACAUCUGGAGAGGACAUCUAAGGAGGCUGUUGGCGUGUACAGGUCAGCACACAACUAGUCCUGGUCCCCCCUGAGGGGCUGAGGACAAAGCCAAUACUAUGGACAGAGCCUGUGACUAUGAUCAUGAUUCUGGGCUAAAAAGCUCAUGUGUUUCUCAGUGGGUGGCCAACUGACCCCACAAUAGGUCAGUUGCGGCCUGUCUGGACAGGAAGCCGUCACUGUGGUUCUCUACAGCUGUCACAGCAAACUAGGGACAGAGGCAUGGUUUAUAUUUCCUGCUUCUCCCUUUUUAAGUCCCCCUCAAGAAGCGUCAUAGUGAAGUCUGUUAUUCUGCUGCAAAAUGAGUAACAUGACUCAUCAGAUAAAAUUCCAAAUCUGAUCCUUUGCAUCCUUUUAAUAGCCAAGGAGAUUAGCUAUGGAAACUUUUGUUCAUGCUUGAGCCUCUUCUGACAUCUGGUGUAGGUCUGCUAUCCACGGGCGAGGUCUGUUCUGCAAGAGGAACAUCGACGCUCAGGAGAUGGUCAUCGAGUAUGCUGGCAUCGUCAUUCGCUCAGUGCUCACAGACAAGCGGGAGAAGUACUACGAUGGCAAGGUGAGAUCAAUCAGUUCAGAGUGUGGUUGAGGAGACGACAUAAACCCUAUGGUUCGUCCCAACGAGACCUUAGUUGGUGGACUUUUUAAAGAUCCACUAAUUCUGGGCGUGAAUGAAUAAAUUUUAUUGAUACCAACAUAAUACAUGUUCCUUAAACUAAAACUAAGUCCCCUGUCUCUUUUCCCUGCUUCCUCCACAGGGUAUCGGAUGCUACAUGUUCCGUAUCGAUGACUUUGACGUUGUGGACGCCACCAUGCACGGCAAUGCAGCGCGCUUCAUCAACCACUCGUGCGAGCCCAACUGCUACUCACGCGUCAUCAACGUGGAGGGCCAGAAGCACAUCGUCAUUUUCGCCCUGCGCAAGAUCUACCGGGGCGAGGAGCUCACCUACGACUACAAGUUUCCCAUCGAAGACCCAGCAAGCAAGCUCAACUGCAACUGCGGGGCCCGGAAAUGUAGACGCUUUCUCAAC